GUGACCUCAACGAUGUGUUCAGAAAAUCAGAGGCAGAUAGAGAGAAGCGGGUGUGUGGGACCAGUGUAACCAGCGUACUCAGUGUAGUCCUCAGUGUGCACAGUGGUGUGUUGUGUAGUGUGUAACGGCACGAUGGAUGGAGUGAGUGAGGAUGACCUCUGUUGGCUCCAGCUGGAUGACUUCAGGAUGCUGCUCAUCAAAACUAUUGAUCCUUCAAGAAUCACCCCCUACCUCCGCCAGUGUCAGGUAAUCAGUGCUGAGGAUGAAGAGCAGCUCUUCAAUGACCCGGCGCUUGUCAUCAGGAGGCGUAAAGUUGGGGCCCUACUGGACAUUUUGCAGCGAACGGGAGUCAAAGGUUACACAGCUUUCCUGGAGAGUCUGGAACUGGAUUAUCCUCAACUGUAUAGCCGGAUCACUGGGAAGGAACCCAACAAGACCUUCAGCAUCCUGAUUGACACUGCAGGAGAAUCGGGUCUCACUCAGUUCUUGAUGUCGGAGCUCAGCCGCCUGCAGAGGGCACUGCAGGAUGAGCGGAGGCGCCGCCAGCAGGCCUGCUCUGCUGCCAAGGAUCAGGAGGUGUGGUCUCGCCAGCAGCAGCUGAAAGACCGUGAGCUGAAAAAGCUGACUGAGCGCGUGCAGAAGGUGCGAGAUGAACGGGAGCGGCUGAGUGAGGAGGUCAAGCAGCUCAGAGAUCACAACUACAGUCUGAUGGCUGACAUCAACAGUCUGAACCAGGAGAAGAGCAACGCCCUGCUGGCCAACAGAGAUCUGCAGAUAGAGGUAGAGCGCCUGAAACACACAGUGAUGCGAGCAGAAAACCAGACUCGACUGCUGAGGCGACGAACACUGAGACCACUCCAGAGCAAGAGUCUAGCUUUGCCCACUGAGACCUUUUUCCACCCGGAUAAAGUGGAGGAGCUGAAAGAGGAGAAACAGGAGGAGAAAAAGCAGGAGAAGAAGGAGGAGGCACCAAAGCAGCAGCAGCAGCAGCAGGAGAAGCAGGAGAGCAAAGCUCCUAUGAUGAACCUCCUCUCCACUGUGUUCAGACUGAGGAGAGAACUCCACAAAACAGAGGAGCAGAGAGCCAGGACUUUGGAGGAGAAAGAGGAACUGGAACUGCGCUGUGCUCAGCUGAAAGGAGAUGCCAAGAUCUACCGUCAACAAAACAAGCAAACCCUGAGACAGCUGGAAGAGGUGAUCAGGGAGAGAGAAAAGGCGCUGUCAUCGCAGUCAGAGAAGCAUGAGGAGGCACGGGUACUCCUGCAGGAGAAAGACCAGUACAGGGAGCAGGUCAGAAAGCUGACUGAGCAAAUAGACAGGCUGGAGCUUCUGCUGCUGAGGUCACAGGGGGAGGGGCUACAGCUGAUGACACGCCUCCGCAGAAUCACUUCCAACUCUCAUCAGUGUGAAAGGAGUGUGAGCAGCGAGGAAGAGGAGGAGCCUCCAAAGAGCACCGCUAAAGGCAGCAGUGAGGAGGUUCGCAGCGGGACGUCGGGGGAGAACGACGAGGCUCAGCGGCAGCAGAAUGACUCUUCAGGAGAAAUCGUCGAGCCUGGCUUCAAAUCCAGUAAUACUGCAUCAUGGGAGGAGGAGCAAGCAGAAGUCUGUUUUAGAGGUCGUUCAAACUUUGUUUACCGCAGGAAGCGAGCCCUCAGGUCAAAGCUCAACAGUACAGAAUAUAUAGCCUGUAACCUCGACGACAGCAGCGACAUCACCGACUCUGACUGAUGUGACGCCAUGAAUGUAUUUAAUGUUAAAUGCAUGGCAUAUUUUUACCAACCUGCAGCUCAAAGUGCUCCAUAUGGCAACACCAAAACAACUCUAAGAAGCAGCAUUUAAGUUUUACUUCAGACAAAUUAAGACAACAUAUAGCUGUUUAUUUUUAACCCAAGAAUUCCUAAUGGGACUUAAAGAAAAGAAAUGUAAACUUAAUAGCAACAAUACAUCACAACUGUCAACCUAAAAACUGAAGGCCAGAUUUACGGAAGGAUGCAAGAUUGUGUGAUGCUGCAUUUGCAAAAGUGCAGAGAUGGGAGAGGAAAUUCUGCAUCUCACUUGUUAACGUCGCUCAUUUAAAAACUAGAUCCAGCCAGUUUAUUUCAGUAAUGAGAAAUGAACCAAGAGCAGCACAACCUGAUGAGGGUUUUGUGCUGCUGCAGACCGUUAGAAAAUCUGGCCCUAAGGGGAGUUGACAGAGGAAGCAGUAUGUAGAAAUUUUGUAGCAGACGAUUGGUCACGAGUAGACGUUCCAGCUUCAAGCUGCUUAGGUACGUCGCUGAGGUGUUUACCACCCUUUCAUUUGUGAAUUAGCAGCAUCUUUGGAUUCACCGGCAGUCAUUUAAAACGCUCAGCUUGAAGUUGAGAAAAGUUUAACUCAGACCCGCCCACUUCGCAUCGCCAAAGGUCAUUUCAUCUUGACAUAACUUAAUUCCAUUGACUUUCUAUUAUCCCUGGUGGUCAUGUCACUUCUAGACACUUUUCUGGAUUCCCCUUAUAACUAUAAUAUAUGUAUUAAUAUUUCACAUUAAACGCGGGAAAUUUUCCUUUAAAAUCAUUGACAGAGAUCAUAAUUAUGAUAUAACGAGGUGGGAUAUUCCACAGUUAAGGUGUAUCAAAACAGAAGGUGCUUUCACCUGGUGUAGAAGAUGGAUGCACCCAAUGAGACAUCACUUCUAGGUUGGUGAAGCCUUCAACUGAGCAUUUUGAUGAAAAAAACCCCACAAAAACAAAUGCCACGUGCUCAUUGGCUGACAACUUGUGAUUUUCUUAUUGAUUUUUACACAACUGGAAGUCUUUUUGCAACCAGAGAAGUCGCCCCCUCCUGGCCAUUAGAAAUAAUUCAGGCACUUUCAUGAAGAUUUGUCCAACUUUAACAUACAGUCUAUGGAAUGGACACAUUUAUUGCUUUUCCCAUAGUUGACAAUUCCACAAGAAAUGACUCUUACUGAUGCUAAAAACUUUGUUCCUAACAAAAUUGUUGUGUCCAAAGUUGAAACCACUGCUGCUGGUGACUAUGGGAAGGGCAAAUGCAGCUUACAGAUUCGGUCUGCCAUGAUUUUCACCAAGUCAGAAUUGGCUCUGCACUGGCACUGUUUCUGGUAGCACACUAGUUAAACUAGUGUCUAUGAUGUAUGUAGUUAUGUGAUCAGUGAGAAGAGCGAUGAGAAGAUGCGGUAUGUUGGGUUGAUGCAGAGAUGUAAAGUUGUACAUCCUAUGGUUUCUAGUUAUUUUAAAUAAUCUUUCCAAGUUAAAGCAUGAAAGCUUUAACUUUACAUGCCAUUGCUCUCUGAGAUACGAUCCCAAAGACAAAAAGAACUCUCCGCCUGCUAAAUAAGAUUUCAACUCAGGAAAAGCACAGAAAGACCAGACCAUGACCAAACAGUGGAUCCAAAUCUGCUCAGAUUUCUAAAAAUUGACAGAGCUUUCAGUUUCCAAUUGAAUCUGAAGUUGGCUUUUUCUUCACCUAGAAGUUAAUUUUUUCACUGUAACAUUUCAUGCUCUGAAAUCAGGAAACUUGCAGUGUUUGUCGAAAUGAUUUGUUUUGUUCAAUACAAAAAGUGCUACCUGGAAGCCGGAGAAAAUCUCAGAUUCCAGACUCUGAUACUUCAUUUAGACUUUGCUACAUAUUAAUUGAAUUGUUAUUAUAAAUAAUGAAGCGAUGCUUAGUAUACAGUAUUUACUUUGUAUAAGUAGGCUUGACAUCAGCGGCUGUGAACCUGGAGGUUGUUGUUUUUGUUCUUGUUUCUUUCACUAGCUUUAGGGAGAGAUCCUGGUUUAAAAUAUAAUGAUUUGAAAUUGAAACUGGUCUCACUUUACUAUUUUGAUGAAUGUUGCUGGACACCAAAAUCAUUAUGUCUGCAAAAUGCAGUUAGCGUGUCUUAUCUGCUAUGAUUGAAUACAUAAUGCAACAUAAAUGCUAUAAAAUUAUAAUUGAUAUCAUUACCAUUAUUUUAAACACAAAUUAUUGACAUUAUAAAACCAAUUAAAACUUUACUAAUGGCUUUUAAAAAUUCUUAAUUAAAAAUUACAAUUAACUUUGAAUAAUUAGGUACUGAAGGUAAAUUAAAUAGGUAUUAUUUAUUAACAAUGUUUAUUUUUCUUUUUUUUUGUCUGAAUGUCACUUUCCAUGGCAUUCAAACACCCCAAUAACCCAUAUUUUUUUAUUGAUGACUUUUGUUGCAGUGUACAUAAUCUGAUUUUUCUUCUUUACUUCUGUCUAUAUGUAAUUUACAGUGUGGCUUGUCUUUAUUAUGAACAUGAUAAAAGUUUCAAAUAAUGACAGUGAUGUGUAGAAGUAAUGCCUGCGAGCCAAAGUUCUGGAUUAUGUUUUCAGCUUCCUUUUUUCUUUUUCUUUUUCUGGCUUCCAUCACAAACUGAUGUCAGCUUGUCACAAAUGUAUUUAUAUAAUAACCUGCCGCAGGUACAGAAUGCCUACAAACUACAGACAGUACAGAUCAUCAGCACAGGCGCUGCUCUUCAGCAGGCCUCCAGAAGCCGUUGAAACAGGGAGGCUCAGUCUUUUUGAGAAGGAAGAAUUUAAAUAAAAUUAAACAAAAAAAAGGUGAUCUUGUAGUGGAAACCCAGAAUAAAAACAUAGAGCCAAGCAUGAGCAGAACAGGCAACCAAAAUAAUCUGAUUUCGUUUUUGUGAAGUUUGAUUUAAGAACUUUGUUAAAAUUCAUUUUACUGUGGGAUUUAAAGAAUUUAUAAAUUGAGCUUGAUGUCAUAAAACAUUUUUCAAAACUC